AUGUCACUUAGCCGGUGCAUUUUGGGGCUGGCCUGCCUGUGGCAUGGCGUCAUUGCCAGCCCACCGGGUGCCGUCCCAUCCAACAUCCCAAUUGCAACCGACCUCCAGACAGCAGCAGCAACAGUCGCACAGCCCAUCGCAAACUCUGCUGCUGCCCCGCGAAAGCUACACGGCAAAUUUCUGCACAUUACUGAUUUGCAUCCAGACCAAUUCUACAAGCCGCACUCCUCCACAGACGAAGCCGAUGCCUGCCACCGCGGCAAAGGGCCUGCGGGCGUCUACGGCGCCGAGGUCUCCGAUUGCGAUACGCCUUUCGCCCUCAUAAACGCGACCUUUGACUGGAUAAAAGCCAACAUCAAGGACGGCAUUGACUUCGUUAUCUGGACCGGUGAUACCGCCCGCCAUGAUAGUGACGAGGAGAUCCCCCGCAGUGCCGACCAAGUUUUGGGUACCAAUCGCUGGAUCGCUGACAAGAUCACCGAACUCUUUUCCGACUCAACGGGCCAAAAUCUCGAAAUACCCAUAGUGCCGACCUUUGGGAACAAUGACAUCUUGCCGCACAACAUUCUGCUCCCGGGCCCGAACCCGUGGCUGCAACACUAUAUGCAUCUGUGGCAUCGCUUUAUCCCGGAGGCACAGCGCCACAGCUUCCAGUUCGGAGGAUGGUUUUACGUCGAGGUCAUCCCGAACAGGCUCGCCGUCUUCAGUCUGAAUACUCUGUACUUCUUCGAUCGCAAUGCCGGGACGGAUGGCUGCGCCAGCCCUAGUGAGCCUGGAUACAAGCAGAUGGAGUGGCUGCGCAUUCAGCUUCAGAUCAUGCGGGAGCGCGGCGUCAAGGCCAUCCUUACGGGCCAUGUCCCUCCCGCGCGGACGGAUAGCAAGAAGCUGUGGGAUGAGAAUUGCUGGCAAAAGUACAGCCUCUGGUUACGCCAGUAUCGAGAUGUGGUUGUCAGCGGCUUGUACGGCCACAUGAACAUCGACCAUUUCGUCAUCCAUGACGAGCAUGACAUCAAUGUUGGCAUGAUUGCUGGUUUGGCCGAUGAUAGCAUUGAUACUCGGGAGGCUAUGGACGACGAGCUUACAGUCAUGGGGGCAGCCGACUACCUACAAGAGCUGCGACAGAACUGGGCCAAACUUCAACCGCCUCCCACCGACUCCAAUAACCCUGGCAAGGUGAAGGGAGGCAAGAAGGGAAAGAAGGGCAGGAAGAAGAAGUCCGACUUGUGGGGUGAACGAUACUCCCUCUCGCUCGUCAGCCCCAGCAUCGUUCCCAACUACUACCCUGCCCUGCGUAUCGUCGAGUACAACACGUCGGGAUUGGAAGACACGCCCCUUUGGAGGGAAUCCGCCAAGAGCGUCAUGAUGCCAAUCGAGCUGGAGCAAAACGACAGGCAGAAACACCUCAACCUCAAGCGACAACACCUUCCCCACACCGAAGAAGAAGAAGCAGACAACGAGAUCGACGCUUACAAGAAAAAGGGGAAGAAGCACAAGGGCGGUGACUCCAAGCCCAAAGAGCCCGACUUCAUCAUUCCCCACCCCCCUGCGAAGAGCUCACCGCCAGGACCGGCCUACUCCCCACAACCCCUUACGUUGACCGGUUACACUCAAUACUUUGCCAACCUUACACAUAUCAACAAUGUCACGACCGAGGACCUGUCGGCGGUUUCAGAUCGUGAUGAAGAGGACGAGACAUGGGUAGAUUGGCUUCUCCGCUGGCGCAAAGGAAGACACGGCAACAAGAAGCCCACCCAUCCGGAGCCGGACCCGCGCCAAUUCAAUUUCGAGGUGGAGUACAGCACCUUUGACGACAAGCUGUACAAGCUGGGUGAUCUUACGGUCAAUAGCUAUGUUGAGCUUGCGUACCGGAUAAGCAAGCAGCCCAAAAAGGGCAAGGCUAAGGGUGUGGAUGUCACGUAUGAUUCCGAGGCCCAAGAUGAGGAGGAUGCUGAUCUCUUUGAGGAGGUUGAAGAGGAGAACGAGGACGAUGAUGAGCUGAGUGACGCUGAGGAUUCCGAAGAAGAUCCGGAUGACGAAGAUUUGGAGACGGAGACCAUCAAGAAGCACGAAAAGAAGAAGAAGGGUGGCAAGAAACACAAGAAGAAGAAGGGGAAGAAGAAGAAACAAAACAAGAUCUGGAUGCACUUCCUCACCCACGCCUUUGUCAGCACGGUGGAGAAGGAUGAUCUGAAGAAGUUUACAUGA